AUGGGAGAAGCGCAGGGACGGAGCGCGCUGAGCCGCCCCGCGGCGGCGGUGGCUGCCGCGGCGACGCGUGCGGCGCGGCACCCGAUCGAGGUGAUCGUGACGGUGUUUGUACUGGCGACGCUCGCCUACUUUUACAUCGUGCACGCGAUUACGCACUCGCUUCUUUUUUCGAGCCUCUCGGACGUGGCCUCGCUCUCGCUCUCGUCGCGCCGCGCAUCGGGCGGCACUUCGGCUGGCACGGUGCUGGCUGCGGCGGGACUGCCGGUGUUUGCGCGCCCGGCCGGCGCGUCGUGGCGCCCGCUGCAGGAGCUCGAAGGAGACGCUGCGGCGACCGACGCCUUUCUUGGCCACGCGCGGUACCUCGAGUGGGUCGUCGUGUCCGACGGCCCGAUGGGCUCAGAGGACGCACGCGAGCUGCGCCGCGAGGCGAUCCUGCCGGCACUCGCGCACCACCUCCAAAACGCAAGCCACGGACGCUGCGGGUCGUCUAUCGUGCACAUGCACGACUUUACCAACGACACCGACGCGGAGGCGUUUGGGUGCCUGUCGCAGGACCUUGACUCGUACGACGGCGCGACUGUGCAGCGCUUUGUGCAGCGCGCGCAGCUCGACCACGCCUUGCAAAAGACGCUCGAAGCGGCCACCGAGGCGCACCACAGCGACUCGGCGCGCGUCGCCGCGGAGCUUGCGCGCUGGCGCGACGGCGCACUGUGGGUGCAGCCGCUCACGCCGGCGACGCGCCGCGCGCAGGAUGCCCAGCUCUCGCUGCGCUGGGCCGUCUCGUUUCUGCGCCGCGUCGUGCACCGCCUCUGGGUGUGCAUCCAGGCGGCGGACUCGAUCGACUUUACCGUGCUCCUCGGCGCAUACCUCUUGAUGCACGGCUCGUUUGUGCACCUCUACGUCUCGAUGCGCCGCUUUCCGUCGGGCUUUUGGCUCGGAACGUGCGUGUUGCUCUCGAGCACGUUUGCUUUCCUCUUUGCCCUGGUCACCGCCAAUGUGCUGCGCGUGCCCGUCGACCCGAUCCUCCUGACCGAGGCGCUGCCGUUCCUGGUUAUCACGGUGGGCUUCGAGAAGCCGUUCCUGCUCACGCGCGCGUUCUUUGCGCGCGAGCAGCCGCACGAAGUCGUCGCCGACGCCCCGCAGGACGCCACGACACCCGAGCAGCGCUUUGUCCAGGCCCUGACGCAGCGCGUGCAGGAGGAGCAGACGCUCGGCCGCCUCGCGCCGCCCGCGCCGCCGGUGCGCGACGUGGCCGGCGCCGCGCUGCAGGCGACGUGCAGCGGCAUUGUGCGUGGCUACGCGAUCGAGAUUAGCAUCCUCGCCGCCGGCGCGCUGAGCGGCAUCAGCGGCCUGCGCGAGUUCUGCCAGCUCGCGACGCUGAUCCUCGUGUUUGACGCGGCGCUGCUCUUUUCCUUCUUUCUUGCCGUGCUGUGCAUUGCGGCCGAAGUGUCGCGCCUGCGUCCCCGUGCUGCGGACGACGUGCAGGUGGACGAGGCGCCGGAGGAGGCGCCUGCCGAGCCCAAGCACAUCCGGAGCCAGCCGUGGUACCGCCGCGUGAUGGGCCCGAUCGAGCACCCGCUGGCGCGCCUCAAGCUGCUGCUGCUGCUCACGAUCGUUUCGCUGCACGCCGCCAACCUCUUGUCGACGCUGACGCUGCACACGACGCUGGUGCGCCACCACACGUCGCGCGCACCAACGCUGUACGACCAGGCGCUCGCCUCGUCGUCGGUGUACGAUGUGAGCCUGUCGAAUGCUGCGCUGGUGCAGUUCCUCGAGGCGUACGCGGCGACGCAGCCGGCCGACGCGGACCUGAGCGUAGUCGUGACCUUCCCCACGGUGCUUGUGCUGGUCGACGGCACGGCGCACGCGGAGCGCGGCUCGCUCAUCGAGGCGGCGGUCAACGCGAGCGGCGCGCGCGGCCGCCCGGCACAGGCGGGCGACUUUAUGGCGCGUCUCGGUCUGCCGCUGCGUCCGCGCACCGUCUCUGCCCUCGAGUCGUUCAUGCAGGCAUGGAGUGCGGUGGCGAGCGACCCGGUGAUUGGCAAGUGGCUCUCGGUGGCGCUCGUCAUUUCGCUCUUUCUCAACACCUUUCUGCUCAAAGGCAUCGCCACGCGCAAUCCCGCGGUGAUUGAAGGGAACGCGGUGCGUGUUACAGCCCAGGCCGCCGCGCGGCUCAUGGGCGCGCACAUUGUCGACUGGCAAAAGAAGCCUGCCGAGACCCCGAAAGCGCCGGCGGUGCGUGUCGCGCCGCCCGCGCCGGCCGUGCCGCCGCCCGCACCGUCGGAGCCGCCGCGUGCGUACGACGAGGUGAUGCGCAUCUAUGGCGACGGCGAAGGCGUCCUCUCGCUGAACGACGAGGAGGUGAUCCUCCUUGCACAAAAAGGCGUCAUUGCGCCCUACGCCCUCGAAAAGAAGCUGCAGGACUAUGAGCGUGCGGUGUUUGUGCGCCGUGCGCUCUUGUCGCGUGCGUCGACGACCAAGACACUCGAGACGAGUCUCUUGCCGUACAAGUCGUACCAGUACGAAGCGGUGUUUGGCGCGUGCUGCGAGAACGUCGUGGGCUACAUGCCGAUUCCCGUCGGCAUCGCGGGCCCGCUCAGGGUCGACGGCCAGAUGAUGCCGCUGCCGAUGGCCACGACCGAAGGCACGCUCGUCGCGUCCACGUCGCGUGGAUGCAAGGCGCUCAACAACGCCGGGGGCGUCACCACCGUCCUCACGCAGGACGCCAUGACGCGCGGCCCGGUGAUCGACUUCCCGUCGAUCGUGAGUGCGGCCAAGGCGAAGCGCUGGCUGGACUCGAGCGCGGGUGCGCAGGAGAUCAAGGCCGCGUUUGACUCGACGUCGCGGUUUGCGCGCCUCGCGUCGCUGCACUCGGUGCUCGCCGGGCGCACGCUGUACGUGCGCUUUGCGACGUCGACCGGCGACGCAAUGGGCAUGAACAUGAUCUCGAAAGGUGUCGAGGCCGCGCUGUCGAUGAUGCGCGAGAAGCACUUUCCCGACAUGCAGCUUCUCUCGCUUUCCGGCAACUACUGCACGGACAAGAAGCCGGCUGCGAUCAACUGGAUCGAGGGGCGCGGCAAGAGCGUCGUCGCCGAGGCGCUGAUUCCCGGAGACGUCGUCCGCACGGUGCUCAAGUGCACCGUCGCAGACAUGGUACGCCUCAACACGAAAAAGAACCUCGUCGGGAGCGCCAUGGCGGGCAGCGUCGGCGGCUUCAACGCGCACGCGUCCAAUAUACUCACGGCAAUGUACCUCGCCACAGGACAGGACCCCGCGCAAAACGUCGAGAGCAGCAACUGCAUCACGCUCAUGGAGGCGGUCAACGACGGUCGCGACCUGCUCGUCUCGGUGAGCAUGCCUUCGAUCGAGGUCGGGACCGUGGGCGGCGGCACCGUCCUCCCGCCCCAGCGCGCGAUGCUCGACGUGCUCGGCGUGCGGGGCGCAAACCAAGAGACCCCGGGCGCCAACGCACAGCGCCUCGCACGCAUCAUCGCCGCCGCGGUCAUGGCCGGCGAACUAAGCCUCAUGGGCGCGCUCGCUGCCGGGCACCUCAUCCAGGCGCACAUGAAACACAACCGCAGUGCGCCUGCCACGCCGGGCACCGCCACGCCGAUCGCGGGCCAGGCGCCGCAGUUCCUUCCUUCCAUGACGCCGCUCAUCGCCACGCCAGUCGGCCAGGCGGCCUCACCGGUAGACACCCCGAAAUAG